AUGGCCCCCCAGACACCAUCCCCGCUCUCGUCCUCACCAUCAACAUCGGCAUCGGCAUCAGCAUCGACAUCGGCAUCGGGGGAAUCGACACCGGCCUCGCCCGGAGCCGGUGCCGCAGCCGGUGCCGGUCUGUUUGCGACGCCCGUUCAUGACUUUGUCUCUGCCAUCGAGGAGUUUGACUCGUCCAGCCUCUUUGACGGCUACCGCAAGAUCUACUCGGCCAAGGGCUUUGACGUGUACAAGCGCCCGUGGCCUCGCAAUCCGAAUCUAUUUGAAUACAAAGUCCACGGGGUCCUCAAGAACGUCCCGAUGAAGGUCCUGGCUCGAGUAUACAUCGAAUACGAGUAUCGCCGCACCUGGGACGAGAGAACGGCUGCUGCCAUACGGAUCAAGGAUCUCGAGGAAGACCCGCCGUCCAAACAGAGCCCACCGGUCGCCCCGAGCCUGGACCAAAGCGACCCCUGCAGCACGUCGCAGUUCAAACCGGGGAUCUUCCGCAACGUCGUGCCGUAUCCGUUCCCCCUGUCACAUCGCGAAUAUGUCUAUGCCCUCAAGCACAAGCAUAUCCUGACCCCAAAGUCCGAGUACGCUAUCGUCAUCGGCCAUGCCUACAGGCCCGACGAGGAGCCAUCGGCACAGCCGACAAGCCAUCCUGUUGCCGGCGAGGCCAACUUGCUGCCGGUGCAGCCAGGCUAUGUGCGGGUCGACACCUACCACCAGCUUGUGGCCAUGCGCGCAACCCCGGACGGCAAGAGUACCGAGGUCAUUGUCAAGUAUGUCGACGAUCCCAAGGCCAGCGGCGGCCUCUUUGGAUUUGUCGCCAACUGGGUGGCCAAGGUGCGCCUGCCCGGCUUCUUCUUUGGCCUGGAAAAGGCCUGCGAUCGCUUCGUGUCCACCCACCCGCAGCUGCUGGCGACGGGCCCAGGCAAGCAGUGA